AUGCAACCGGCCGAGAUGAGCGGAACAAUGCCAGAGCAAUCAUACGCCAUCCUACCAGUCGCGGGAAAGGGUACCAAGGAAACGAAAACCAUUACCAGCACGACCAUCCAGGCGACCUCCAAAUUGGAAGGAGAGCCUGCCGCUGCCGCUGUUGCCCCUUUCGCCAAUGGGUAUCAUUCCCCGCCAAAACACACCUUUGGACAAUCGAUGAAGCUAGAAUGUAUAGCCUUCUGGAACUACUUCCUGGCGCCCUUGGGGUUCGUCAUCACCAUCUACGGUCUCAAUGUGGUGGCAUGGGGUGGAAUGCUAUUCCUUUUACAGUGCAACGCUUGCUUCGGACUCGCAACUUGGCGUUUUCGAGACCUGUAUCUUUUGCUACAAUACCGGCUGCUGCACAAGCCGGUAGCCCUACGUCGUCUUGCAGGUACUCACAGAGGAUGGUUCCGGCUGGAAGGCUCCACAGAUCUUCCUGUGAACUUGGGACCAACGAAUAUUGACGAGCAGCCGUCACAGGCCGUGCCUCGCUCAGCCAUUCCUUUCCCGGAGAAGACGAUUCCCAACGCCCCUCUGACUGGAGUGCGGGCUCGUCCAACCAUGCUGUGGAAGCUCGACCUGGCCAUCUGGUUCAUGGUGUGGAACACAUUCCUGCAAUGCUGUCUCUCUGGCUUCAUGUGGGCCUUGAAUAGGUACGACCGACUCAGCUGGUCUACGGGUCUCUUCGUAGUGCUACCCUGCAUUGUCGCAGCCAUUGGAGGUCUCAUAAUGCUCAUUGAGAGAAAUACAGUCAAGAGCGUCGAAGGUGUGCCGGUCAGCCAAAAGGGCCGGGAGCGGCUGGAGCAGGACCUGGAACAUGGCAUUUGGAGCCGCAACAAUAUCAAGGACGAGCACUUAGAGUCUAAGAAGAAGAAAGAGGAGGAAAAUAAGAGGAAAAGUGAGCUGUGA